GGCAUCUCCAUCCGGUUCUGUCCGGGAAUGCUAGGUGGGGGGAGAAGGCAGAGGAAAGAGGGCCAGCCCACCCUCCUCGGCCUCCCACCAACAAGCCCCACAGAACUCGGCUGGAGCAGCUGAAUUAAGUGGCCUCCUGCAGAUGGGGUGGGACUAGACGACCUCCGAGGUCCCUUCUGCAGCUCUGGGGAUUGUCCGAGGGAGCCGACAGGCGAGGCAGGCGAGCCGGAGCUCUGCUGACCCCUGCAAGCCGGUGGGGGGGGGAGGAAAGUGGGGAGGCGGUGCCAAUCCCCACCGGGGCACGCGAGACCCCCGCUUGGCCGGAGGAGGAGCCCGGAGGCCCGAGGGCGAUCUCCGCGUGGUCCCCUUUUCUCGCCGGAGGUGUCUGAACGUGAGCGCGCCCGAAGCGGAGCCCCCCGAGCCCCUUCCAGCCCCAAAGCCCCGCCCACCCCGAGGGGCCCCUCCCUGCCGUUUUCCGCCCGCCCCCCCAAGUCUCGAUGCCCCGCCCACGGGCGCCCCGGGCAGGGGGUACCCCCGUAGAAAGCGCGGCUGGGCGGCGUGAGGGGCGUGGCCUCGCGGCAGGAGGAGGCGGAGGAGCCGUGCGCGCGGCGGGCCGCCUCCUGAUUGGCCGAGCGGGGCGCGCGCCAAGUUUGAACGGCCUUCGUCUCCGCCGUCUCCGCUUCCGCGAUGGCGCCCGGCAGGAAAAGGCCGACGGCGGCCCGGGGCGGCCCGAAGGCCUCGGCGCGGGAUAAGCGGGUGGACGCCUUCCUGAAGGACUUCGACCGCGAGGUGCGGUCCCGGCUGGCGCUGGUGCGGGCGGCGGGCAAGAGCCUGCAGAAGGACGUGGAGAACCAGAGCAACAUGGAGGUCCUGCGGCUGCCGCUGCCGCUGCGCGAGAUGAACUGGAUCACCUUCCUCGCCUUCGGAGGCAGCGACAAGGCCCUGGAGAGGGUGGCCUCGAGCGAGGUGGAGAUCGCGGAGAUCACCCAGCUGGCCUCCCGGGCCGUCCAGACGCCCUUCCGGGUCGCCAAGAAAGCCAAGCAGGCCAUUGAGACCAUUGACGAAGAGAUGGAGACGUCUCUGCUGCCUGCGGUCAAGAAGUCCAAGCAGGAGGACCAGGCUGAUCCGGACGUGGCACACCAGAAGCCAGGAAAGGUGCAGACCUCAAGCAAAAGGCCUCCGACUUCCAAGAGGGCCCGGCCCCCUUCAUCCCGAUCCAAGCACUUCCGUAAAAGCAGGCCCAGCAAAGUGAACCCCGUCACCCCAGCCGGCCGAGGGACCCCCACAAAAGCUGCCACUCUUCUGCUCACACCUGCUGGCAAGUUUGACUCCAGCGUUUUCAAGACGCCCGGCCUGCGGGCCCCGAGCGCCCACGAGCGGGUCUUCAGCAUCUCGGUGAACGGCAGCCCCCUGGCAGACAAGAGUGAGGUCUUCCUCGUGGUGCCCCUGGGUGGAGGAGAGAGCAUCCGGAUCAGGGCCAGCGAGCUCUCGGAGAAGGACCUGCGGGGGCUGAACGCCCAGGCCCUGGGCAGCGUGAAGAAGCUGUCGAGUCAACUAUCCCACCUCUGCAGCCGAGUGGGCAGCCAUAAGUGACGGCAUCUUCGACCAGCCAGUUCAGCCGCUCCAGUCCUGGUCCGGGAAAGGGGAGACCUGGCGCAGGGACGUUCUCCAGAGGCUGCAGGGGGCAGGAGCCCCACCUUCCGGGGUCCCCGUCUACUUUGGUGUCCUGCAGAAUCCCUAUGUUGCUCUCUCUGGGGGGGCGCCCCCCAUUUCACAGGGCGUACAGUGUGUCUUGGGCAGGGAGAGCCCCCGUUUCCUUGCUAGUCCUGCCUCUCCCCCGGUUCCUUCUCACUGUGCCAGAUCUGCCCCCUUGCAGGAGGGCGGCGUGGCUGGCUGGGAGCUGCUCUCCGUUAUCCAGGGUUGUCCUGGCCGGCUGCUAGGUGCCUUCCCUGGCCAGGAGGCUGACUGGCCUGGCCCUUUUGUGCCCAAAGCGCUGCUCCUGCUGUGCCACCGGAUGCCAGUCUCCCUCCUUUGGCAGCCUCAGCCUCCCCCAGGGGGCCUCCUGCUUCUCUCGGCUGCCUCUGUGUGCCGGGGAGAGCAGCCCUCGGGGUGGGGGGUGGGGGAACAGAAGCCCCCCUGGACGAAUGCCAGCUGCUUUCUUCAUCCAGGGAGUCCUUCCUUUCCAAACCUUUUAUAUUUACCCUGUUCCACUAAGUGCAACGACACCAUUUCCUUAACGGUUUUGCAUUUCUUAAUAAAGUUUGUUGUCUCCUUCAAGGUC